AUGCCUGAAAAUAGAGGAAAAAAAUGCCCACCUAACAAACUUGCCCCUGAACAAUUGGAUAUGCUGAAAACACACAUACUUUCAUUUCAGGCCAUGGAAUCACAUUACUGCAGAAAGAACUCGGAAUACAAAUACCUCGAUGCUGGACUGAAUGUACAAAUAGCUGGUAUGGAAACAUAUCGAAAAGUUUUCAGAUCAUACAAACUGAGGUUUCAUGUGCCUAAAAAAGAUCUGUGCAAAAAAUGUGUAGCCUUCAAAGAUAUAAAAAGUAAUGUAACAAUCUCAGAAGAUGCCAAUAAUUCCAAACAUCUCAAGAGACGUGAUGAUGCCUUUCUGCGUAGAGACGCUGACAAAGCAGCGGCAAAUAAUUAUAAAAAUGUUUUGGCCUUCAACUUCGACCUUCAAGCUGUUCUCCACACACCUAAAGGUGCUGCUGUACCAUUCUUUUAUGUCCGUAAACUGCCAGUUUACAAUUUGACGUGCUACAGAUUUGGCGAUAAAGAUGUCGAUUGUUUUACUUGGGAUGAGACUGAAGGAAAACGUGGAAGUGUUGAAAUAGCGACAUGCAUAUACAAAUAUAUUUCAGACAAGCAAUCUAUAGAUUACAAUUAUAUUUUUAGGCAAGUUAUACCAAACAAAGAAAUAACUCUAGCUAUCACACCAAAUGGAUAUGCAGAUGGGAUAACAAAAGAUAAAACUGGUAUUGAAUGCUUUGUGAUGCCGUGGGAAGUACAAACUACUAUGUCACACUUCUUAGAUAUGCUUGAAAAUAAAAGAGAAAAUUAUAUACCCUACAUUCAGAGACAGAAUUCUAACUUAACUGAAGACUUCAAAGAAUUAUUGUCAGAUGUAGAACAUGAAAUAGAUUUUGCAAGUAAAGCAUUUAAUAAGAAGCCUGAUGCUGUCAAUUUUUGGAUGGGUGACUCAAGGGCUAUAACCUCAAUGCACAAAGACCCAUAUGAAAACAUAUACUGUGUUAUUGAUGGGUACAAAGACUUCAUAUUAAUUCCGCCCACUGACUUGUCUUACGUCCCUUAUAAGAAGUAUAAACAGGCGAUGUUCAAAUAUAAUGAAGGAUGGGAUAUCGAAAUGAUAGAUAGUGUUGAACUACCUUGGAUUUGUAUAGAUCCUCUAAAGCCGGACUUCCUGAACUACCCUCAAUUUUCAAAAGCGCAUAGAUACACAAUUCGCGUAAAUAAAGGGGAUUGUCUGUAUCUGCCUAGUCUAUGGUUCCACCAUGUUUCGCAGAGUCACGGAUGCGUCGCUGUCAAUUAUUGGUAUGACAUGGAGUUUGACAUUAAAUAUUGUUAUUUCAAAAUGCUUGAGAAAUUGUGCGAGAGUCAAACUUAA